AAAAUAAAAAAUUAGGAAGAGCAGCCUGAGAGAGAAGAAGAGAGAGAAAGUUACCAAAAAAAAACCCUGACGACGAAAGAUAAGCAGCCGAUUAUUGGUGGUUUUUUUGUAUGUAUCCUCACCUUACCUCACCUUUCUCUUCUCUUCAUCCUCUCGCCGGCGUUCCGCCCUCCAUUUUCUCUCUCCUCCAUUUCCGCCGCCCUUUUCCUCUCUCUUCUUUGCUGCGCUGCCACCACCUCCUCUGUAUUCUCCGGCAGCAGUAUCGUUCAGACUACCCCAGUUGAGCUGUCUGCAUAUUCCCUGUGAUUGGGAACAUUGGAUUUUUUUUGCGGUUAUUGUCUUUCAGAGGAAAGAAAUUUAUUUACCAAUUUCAAAGUUAAGUUGGAAGUGAUAAAGCGGUCAGGGUGCAGAUCUUCAUCUGUAGUCUUGAAGAGAAGAUUCAAAUGUCUGAACUGGAUGUGGUGGAAUCUAAACCGAGCUUACCUUCUGAAACAUAUGCUCAGAGGAUGAAGAGCUACAUCUGGCUCCAGACAGCUGAUGGUUCUAUUCAACAAGUUGAACAAGAUGUAGCAGUGUUUUGCCCAAUCAUAUGUCAUGAAAUCCAUGCAGGAAAGGGCAUAUCCAAAAACCAUGCUAUUUGUCUUCCACAAAGAGUCAAUCCUGCCAUGUUGAGUCUGAUUCUUGAUUAUUGUCGCUUCCAUCAAGUUCCAGGACAUUCUAAUAAGGAACGGAAAUCCUUUGAUGAGAAGUUCAUUCGAAUGGAUACAAAAAGGCUCUGCGAGCUGGCAUCUGCUGCUGAUAGCCUGCAGUUGAAGCCCUUGGUUGAACUAACAAGCCGUGCACUUGCACGAAUGAUUGAAGGCAAAACUCCUGAGGAGAUACGUGAGAUAUUCUGUUUGCCUGAUGAUCUUACAGAGGAGGAGAAGUUGGAGCCGUUGCGAAACAUGACUGAUGAUCCUCGAAUCAGACUUUUAAACCGUCUGUAUGCAAAACGGAGGAAAGAGCUCAGAGAGAAAGAGAAACUGAAGACUGCUGAAGCUGAAGAAAUGCAUGUAGAUAAUCGCUCGGUUGAUGAUUUAUUGUCAUUUAUAAAUGGAGGUGAUGAAGAUAAUAAAGCUGUCAAAACAUCUAAGAACAAAAAAAAACAUCGAAGGAGGAAGGACCUGUCAAAAAGUUCUCCUUUUAUUAAUGGCAUUGAGAACCACAAGGCCAAGGACAAUGGUUCUCAAGUUUCUACCAUUGGGCCUAGCCCUAGUGAAAGAAAAGAGUUAUCCAAUUUAGAUUAUUGCUUUUCUGGUGAAGAAAACUUGGACGACGGGGAUGAUGACAUCGAUCCAGCAAUAAAGGAACAAAUUGAUAGGGAGGUAGAGGAUUUUAGUCGGAGGCUGAAUUUAAACUGGUCCGAGAGAAUGCAUGAGGUUCUGUAUGGAUCUAGAACAGAAGUCAGUAGCUUCAUUCAUUAAUAACAAUGAUCCGACUGGCAGAUAUGAAGAAAACAAGGACGGUAAACUCCGUGGAAGCGGAUGGGAUACCUUUCUAAUUAUGGAUGAUGGUAGGAUGAAUUUGUCCUGUGUAAAUUAAGCUGAUGAUUCUUGCUGCAUAAAUGAGGCGGGUAAUAAGGUUGGAUACCGAUGAUUCUUGCUGCAUGAAAAUAGAGCAAUAAGUUGGCCGCAGGGCAACAUCUAUGAGUUUGUGUCCUUUUUCUACUCGGUUUUCUUUUAAAAAUUCUCCCGUUUUUCCCAUUCUUUAAUAGUUGGUAGAUUAUAAAUUUUGUCGAGGAAAUUUUGUUGUAAUUUUAGCUGAAAUUCAAUAAAAGAACAGGAAUUUUUUGAGUUUUCUUUA